AAGCUCACAGAGAAGGAUAUAACACGAAAUUAACUUUCUUUUUACCGAUCGGUACACAGAGCAAAUGGAAGUGUCAAAACUCAGAGAAAAUAUCCUAUGAAAGCAAGACGAGGCGGGCUUAGCUUGGGAGAAGGUUUUCGAGCAGCCCAAAGGGAACGGAACUCCUAUAUUUCCGCACAAAAAGCCCAACCCGGCGGACGGUUGGAGACGUCGCGCUCCAAGAACGUAGUGGAUAUGAAUGCCACUUCCAAGGAUCAACGCCAAAUUCCAAGGGAUUUCACCUCCCCAGAGAGGGAUGACUUUGACGAAUCGGACCUUGACUCACGGAGGCGACUGUUACUCCGUAAAUUUACCUCCCACCAUCUGCCGAGUUCAAAAAGUCCGGUAGAAAUCCCGAAAGAAGAGCCGGCUACGUCGCCUCCCAACUUGUUGAAGCGCAGAGCAGACUCUAUAUCCAAGGAUAUCGAAGGCCAUGGGACCGCUGAUGCGCAGAUUGCUGGUGAAAUCGAGUACUCAGUUGCAAGUGCUCAGAUGGAAUCAAGAGUUUCACCAGUACAGGAAAGUCGAGAGCAAUCGAAGGAGAUAAUUCCACCGUUUAGACUUCAAACUUAUAACGAUCACUUUAAUGAGCCUAACGGACAUCAAGUUCCAGUUCUAGAAGUGAGCGAAGAUUCGAUCGAGACAGGCGUCUGCGUCUCAAGAAGGGUACCUGAUGAGACACCGCUGCGGAAUGAACUGCCACCUUCUAAUAUACAAUUCCCACAAAGGACGUUCCUUGAUGGACGGGAAAACGCAAUCACAACGGUUAAACGUUCGCCUCUUAAUGAUGCUGGUUUAUCGAAUGGGAAAGAGUGUAAACAUACGAAGGCGUCUUUCUCGUCAUCGGAGAACGCUGUGCGCUCAAAUAUGGCAGGGAAUAAGAUUCUAAAGUGGAUCGAUUCUUCACCAUUGAGGUUCAAUACUUCGAAGAACAGACGUGGAGUCGGACCUGACUCGUUUCCUCCGGCAGACUCCAACGGGCAAAUUAAUCACCCAAACAUCGAUAAUACACAUCCAUACCGAUCUAUACAGUCGAGCAUAAACGGCGCCGACGAAGGUCUACACGAGGGGCCGAAAACCCCUCUUUCAGGACCCUGCUUCUUUGCGACAUCAAGUGACAGGCUAGCUGAAAUAGUCGAGAUUCAUUCGAGUAUAUCUCCCUCGACAAUGGUCGGAAACGAACCCGACGAGGUGAUUGAUUUGGGCGAACCAUCUUUAUCUGCCUUGGACUCCUCAAAUGCCAAUUCCGACCAACAGCCUGAGUCAUUGUAUUCGUCCCUCCGUAGCCAGAAGCAGCCAAAUAAGGCUCCAGAUAAGGUCUCCGGAUCUGGGCAACUGGCACCCUUAAAUAUGAAAAGCUCCCUCGUGCAGUUGGAUGGGCGGUCCACAAUAUCUUAUUCUUCCUCAUUUGAUUCAACCGCAUUGGACAAGAGAGCAAGUGAAAAGCCAGGUGGGACAUCACGGUUGUUGUGUUCAUCCUCCUCUAAUGUGAUGUCUACAAACAACACAUUGGACGAAUACGGUGCCCGCCAUGCUUGUUUAGAGUCCCAUUCCCACCCGUCAAAGCCGGGAAAAUCCCAUCAAAACAACCUGAGUGUUUCCCCACCAACAACCAGUGCUCCUGCUCCUUGUGAUAGUGACCCACUGAUAAAAGCUAGACGAAAAGCUUCAAGUCUUCUACAAAGAGACGAGUCUUUUUCUUCUUGCCCUUCUCCAAACAAAAUUAAUCGAACAGUCACACCACAGUCACAGUUUCAAGAAUUCCCGACAGCAUCCCAGCCGAAAACCGAAGCAGCUUCUUUUUCUGCUGCCACUAGAGGUAUUCGUUGGAAAAACAAAUUCCAAGCGGAAUUUAAUCACUCCAGUUCAACCAAAUCUGCGGCUAAAACAUCAAAGCCACAGAUGUUGGACAGUAUUGAUGCUUCCGCUACUAAAGCGCCUGUAAGACGUUCUACCAGGCAUAGGAACGCUCCCAUAAAUUAUUACGCGCGACCUCAAGGUUUCCACCGAGGCAGGGACAUACCGGAGUUGGCCAUCGAUGAACUAGAAGAAAGCACGCCGGAACCCCUUCCCGAAGCCACAACCUCUCCGAACCGAGUUGCAGCCAAGCCCGCCACGCAGCAUAAAGUCGUAUAUCAGUGCAGGGAUUUCCAUAUAACCCGUGAGCCUUUGUUGUUGGAGACGACACAUUCGAUCGCCGAGAAAAUUGACCAACAACACGUUCCAUAUUUUGAUCGAGGGUCUAGAGAUGACCCGUCGAAGUUUUUUGGCAGCGAUAUUGUCCAUGUUGACUUUGAUCUCAGCGAAAUGAACGCGAUGUAUAGUAUACUGACUGACAGUGGUCCUGUUACAGACGACGACAUUCCCAUUCAAGCAGUAGUAUCGCAUGCCGUGAUAAGUUUUGCCAGUAAAGGCGGAGAUCUCGAUACAUUCGGUCGGCGCAUUCACUACCUUCGAGCAAUUAAACGUUAUUUACGCCACCAGAAGCUAGCUGUUGGCGACUUCCUUAUUCAAGCGAAAAGUGGAAAUGUUGAUGGUAUAAAGAGUAUGAAGCCAAAAAUCAUCGAGAAAUUAUCGAGGUGCCUGACAAAAGUGUUCAACAUUCAAUUGGAUAAAUACCCUCGAACUCCGCUAGCUAAAUUGGGGGAGGUACUCACAGUCCUGAAAAUAGAAUGGCUCCAUAAGAUGACUACACAAUGUCGACAUUUGGACAAUCUCCUAUUUCGAGAUAUGGACGAUAUUCAAAGAUUCCUGAAAGACGCCAAGGAAGAGGUUCUUAAUCCCUUUCCCUCUCUUCUUCGUAUUGUGGAAGGGGUUUCCCAAUGUCACCUCCGUUUCGACGAUUAUGAACCAUUGGCUCUUUUAAGAUCUCGAGAGCUAGGAUACUCCACUCAUCGAAACCGGAUUCGAAUCAGCCGUCGCCUCGAAGACGUACAAAAUUGGGAAUUGUGGAAAUCUUGGACAGGCGCUUCUAAUGAUGUGUUGGUGCUGUCGUGGUCUCCAGACAGUACCCGUUUCGCAGCUGGUGCUGCUGCUCAAACUGAUGACCACAAUAUGCAAUAUAACCGGAACAAUAAUUUACUUCUUGGAGACCUUACCGUAGGUAGGCUCAAGGAACUACCCGACCAUCGCAUAGAGAGACCUGUCCUGGACUCGGGCCCAAAUUCACACAGUACCUAUAUUAUGGUUGAUCCGAAUCUGUAUAUGACUGUUACCGCGAUGCAUUGGACCAAUUGUGGUAACCAUCUCUAUACUGCUAGUUUCGACAAAACUGUGAAAUUAUGGGAUGUAUCGUCUCAUGAAGACGCCCGGUGUAUUAACACUCUCAGACACCACGGAAGGGUACAAGAAAUGGCCAUUUCUGAAUUCGACAACCGCCUUGUGGCUACGGGAUGUGAUGGCCCGUCUUUCUUGCUAUGGCGGGCUGAGGGUGACGAAUGUUCCGAGUCCACUCAUCUUGAAUUCCGGCGGGAUAAGUGCGCGGGAAUGACACCAUCAUCUCUUCAGUGGGGGAGAACAUCGCGAACCAACAGAUUCCUGGUCGGAGGAUUGACUAGCGAGGAUCCUUCAAAUACUCAUGAUCCCAGUAAAUUCGGAUAUCUUACCCUCUGGCAAGUUGGAGAAGCAGCUGUGUCACCUCUAAAUAUCACCCCCAACACACAAAAUAUAUUUGAUGUUGCCUGGCAUCCGAGCUUGAAUAUUUUCGCAACAGGUUGCACAGUUCCCUCUGCUGCUCGCAGUCAUGGGUACGGUUCGGAGACUCGGUCACUGGUUCGCAUCUAUGAUCCUUUAAAUAGCAAAUGGGCUAUUCACUGUUAUGAUUGCCCUGCUCUAGACAUCAACCAAGUGACGUUUUGUCCUGCCGAUGAGGAUUAUAUGACAGCGAGCUGCACUGAUGGAGUGACCUAUGUUUGGGACUACCGCAACCCGAAAGCGAUAUUGCAUAAGCUCAGGCAUGGAGAGCCGAUCAGUGAUUUGAACCAGGAUCUCAGGCGCGAGCAAGCUGACGUUGGAGUCCGCUGCUCUGUCUGGGGAAAGGGCUUUGAAUUCUACACGGGCGCUUCAGACGGUAUCGUAAAACGGUGGGACAUUCGUUUGGCUCCUGAAGAUGUUUUCCGAGAGAACGUAGCGUCAUUUAACCAGGAACUUAUGUGCGCCUCUAUGUCUCCCGACUACACCAACAUGGUUUUCGGUGACGCUUCAGGGGGUAUUCACGUGAUUUCAACUUCUCCUUGGGGAAGGUCAGAUGAUAAUUUCUCAUCUUUUGACUUUGAAAGAGCACCACAAGCCAAAUCCAAGGAUGCUGUUUGUGAAGAGUCUAUUUCUGGCAUACAGGAGGCAGCGAAAUUGAUUUCAUCCGGUGAACUUCUAGCUCACCCCAUAUUUGGACCUGGUCAAGGCCCACAUUAUAAUGGGCCAUAUGCAGCAUGGGCUCGUCCCGAAAAAACUCUACCUGAAGAAAUGGCCUUUACGCCGUUAAAGCCAGAAGUACAAGCAACACAGUUUAGAGGUCCUCCACUCCAUGAACGACGAGGGCUGGAUAAACAGACGCGUGAAAGACUCGCCAAACUGGUUGAAUUAUCAGCCACCCGAAACCGAAGACACGGCAAAAAUAAACGGAAACGAGAUGGUUUUUUAACUCUUAAUUCAAAGCGUACAGUCGCUUUUCAGCCCAGAAGUACACCGUACUCCUCUCGAAAGAUUGAUGCCCAUGCAAGUUUCAAUUCAAGACCAAGAAGUAUGCCUUGGAGCUCUUCAAAUCAACCAAAGCACAAGCAGGUUAAACCUGCAUUCAAGGUUGAUCCAUCCAAUUUUAUUGAUUUAACCCUAGACUCAAAUGAGGAGGGUUCUGUUCAAGAAAUUUGCCUAUCUGAAUUCAACAAACAGCCAGAUAACAAAGAGGAAAACGAUGAGUUUGAGGAAGAUCACUGGUGGCCAGUAAAUGUUCACCCAAACUUUUAAGCCUUAAGUCUUGAUUCUUGAAAAUAAUAGCUGCAAAUGCUACAAAUCAAUUUGAUUUGAAAAGCACGCACAAUUAAGCCUUAAAACUUUUGGGUUCAAAUAUUUGCAUUAACUGUAAGGAUUCACCCGCGAACCCCUUACACAGACAAACAACACCCACAAGGGCUGGGAGCCGCUCGCGAGAUGUUGGGAGUGGAUGUGUACUACACAAGACACACUGUCACAUGUUCACAAGCACACGUAAAAGGGCCUCCUUGAAGUUGCAUGUCUGUUGCACAUGCAUGUUUUCAGUGGUCAGCUAGUGACAGUUCCAUCACAUUAUUCAUUCUGGCGGCAUGGCAGACUAGUUAACUAGUUAGUUAUGAUCUCAUUCCAAGCCAUGAAGCCAUGUCUAGAGCUCUUUGUUAGGACCUGGAAGGCAGUAGUUUGAUAGAAUCUAGGGCUUAGGGCUAGGGCUGCGGAAAUCGCCUGCAGGCUGUAUAUAGUGUCACUCCACCCCAGGCACCCUUUUCUCUCACCACCUUAGUAUUUCGUUGAAAUAGCUUACCUAGAAGUUC